AUGAAAAGCCCCCGUGGCUCUUCUUCUUCUUUCGAUGCAUCUCUACAUGCCCAGCAUAAAGCAGGUUGGGGGCCGGCCUCGGGCUGCCACGCAGGCGUCACGGCGUUUCCGUGGGCAGCAGGUCUUUUUCAUGCUUCCGGCAGUCCUCGCACCUCUUCUGCGUCCGUACCCCUAGGCCUGUGGUGUUUUCGCGGAACAUUCCGACGCUUGAGUCUGCCUUCGCUGUCGCUUCUCAUGUUUGCCUUACUUUCUGUGCAACUGCCAACUGACCUCCCGGGAAGCGUUCGCCUGGCAGAUGCGUAUCGGCCUCUGACCAGGGGUAUAACCGGCGGCAGCGAACGACUGCUUUCUCCCGGUGCCCCUCCUCCGCACGACGACAGUCCUACGCUGCCUCACGGCAAGACCGAGUCCAGUGACCACAUCAAAAACCUCAUUCAAGCCGUAGUUGACUCUGUGCUGGCUCCGUCGACGCCUGAGCAUACAGAGGACAGCACGUCCAGUGAGGCUCUGCGCGCCAGCCCAACGCGACGUGCCAAUGUCGGGCUCCAUGACCACAUCGCUGACACAGACGCAAUCGUCACCGAGGGUGCCCACCCCGCCAGCACCGUCUCCCACGACUACCAAGCCGCACACACGCCUCACGAAAGUGACCAAGAGACAGCAGAAACCUCGAACGCCUCCCAUUCCGACACAGACACCGACGUCCCCGUGAGCGAAACAGAGUCCACUGCGGAUACCUCUGACGACCACGAACACAGCGUCCAUGAUCAUGAAGAAGGUGUCGAGGCUGCAGAACACCAUGACGUCGAGGCUCCUGAGCAUGUAGAGGACGAUACGCACUCGGCGACGGAUGCCGCUAACGACCACGAACACAGCGUCCAUGAUCAUGAAGCAGGUGUCGAGGCUGCAGAACACCAUGACGUCGAGGCUCCUGAGCAUGUAGAGGACGAUACGCAGUCGGCGACGGAUGCCGCUAACGACCACGAACACAGCGUCCAUGAUCAUGAAGCAGGUGUCGAGGCUGCAGAACACCAUGACGUCGAGGCUCCUGAGCGUGUAGAGGACGAUAUGCACUCGGCGACGGAUGCCUCUUACGACCACGAACACAGCGUCCAUGAUCAUGAAGCAGGUGUCGAGGCUGCAGAACACCAUGACGUCGAGGCUCCUGAGCGUGUAGAGGACGAUAUGCACUCGGCGACAGAUGCCUCUUACGACCACGAACACAGCGUCCAUGAUCAUGAAGCAGGUGUCGAGGCUGCAGAACACCAUGACGUCGAGGCUCCUGAGCAUGUAGAGGACGAUACGCACUCGGCGACGGAUGCCGCUAACGACCACGAACACAGCGUCCAUGAUCAUGAAGCAGGUGUCGAGGCUGCAGAACACCAUGACGUCGAGGCUCCUGAGCGUGCAGAGGACGAUAUGCACUCGGCGACGGAUGCCUCUUACGACCACGAACACAGCGUCCAUGAUCAUGAAGCAGGUGUCGAGGCUGCAGAACACCAUGACGUCGAGGCUCCUGAGCGUGCAGAGGACGAUACGCAGUCGGCGACAGAUGCCUCUUACGACCACGAACACAGCGUCCAUGAUCAUGAAGCAGGUGUCGAGGCUGCAGAACACCAUGACGUCGAGGCUCCUGAGCAUGUAGAGGACGAUACGCACUCGGCGACGGAUGCCGCUAACGACCACGAACACAGCGUCCAUGAUCAUGAAGCAGGUGUCGAGGCUGCAGAACACCAUGACGUCGAGGCUCCUGAGCGUGCAGAGGACGAUAUGCACUCGGCGACGGAUGCCUCUUACGACCACGAACACAGCGUCCAUGAUCAUGAAGCAGGUGUCGAGGCUGCAGAACACCAUGACGUCGAGGCUCCUGAGCGUGCAGAGGACGAUACGCAGUCGGCGACAGAUGCCUCUUACGACCACGAACACAGCGUCCAUGAUCAUGAAGCAGGUGUCGAGGCUGCAGAACACCAUGACGUCGAGGCUCCUGAGCAUGUAGAGGACGAUACGCACUCGGCGACGGAUGCCUCUUACGACCACGAACACAGCGUCCAUGAUCAUGAAGCAGGUGUGGAGGCUGCAGAACACCAUGACGUCGAGGCUCCUGAGCGUGUAGAGGACGAUACGCACUCGGCGACGGAUGCCGCUAACGACCACGAACACAGCGUCCAUGAUCAUGAAGCAGGUGUCGAGGCUGCAGAACACCAUGACGUCGAGGCUCCUGAGCAUGUAGAGGACGAUACGCAGUCGGCGACGGAUGCCGCUAACGACCACGAACACAGCGUCCAUGAUCAUGAAGCAGGUGUCGAGGCUGCAGAACACCAUGACGUCGAGGCUCCUGAGCAUGUAGAGGACGAUACGCACUUGGCGACGGAUGCCGCUAACGACCACGAUCACAGCGUCCAUUAUCAUGAAGAUGGUGUCGAGAUUUUGGAUGAGCAUGACGGCGACUCAGUGGGUGAUGCUGGCGCUGUGCAAGGGCAGGAGGGUGCCGGCGUGGUAUCGAGUGAGCCGGAGCAGGCAGCAGGUGAACAGGAGGGGCCGCUGGCUAGGCCAGACGAUGAUCAGCUGGGCAACGGCGCUGGAGAUGCGUUUGAGGACAACAUCAAGGAUACAGCUGCUCAGGCCAGCGAAAACAAAGUGUCUGAGCCCGAGGAAGGAAAAACCACAGUGGACAUUAUAUCGGCUGCACGCGCGACUGCGCGUUUUCUCAACGCAGCCGUGGAAACGCUUGAGGAGAUGCAGCACAAGCAGAUCGGGCGCAACAAGCUGGCAAAUGUGGAGGAGUCCGACAGCGACGCGAUCCGCCCCCCUACCAAGGACGACAAAAAGGUGCAGGACCUGUUGGAGGAAAGAAAGGAGGCGAGUGUGACCGAGGAAGUCAAGAAGCUGCAGGAGCAGAAAGAUGGAGGUGUUGUCAGUCCGGAGGAUGCCGAUCCUUCAAAGCCGCCCACGACGGGUCCUCUCACCCCAGCAGAGGCAGAGCUGGCCCUAGGGGCUCCGCUGGUCGAUGAGCUCGUGUCGGCAAUCCAAGACGACGAAAAAGCCGCGGGGCUUGGAAAAGAAAACCAAAACCCCGGAACGCUGCCCCCCCAGGUGCCGGAUGGGGAGCGACCGCUCAAGUUCAUGAUCAUCGAUAAUCCCGACGCGCCUCAAUCUUUCCUUCAGACUGCCUCGAGCGUGUCACUCCUCCAGAGCAUGACAGCCCAACUUGGUGGAGAGGUGGAGAGCCUAGACGAGGCGCAGGUGACGGUUGUCAGCUUGCCUGUGAACGUCACAGAUGCCCAGGCUACAACACUUAUCGAGCGCAUGCAGCAGUCAGGCGCAAUCGUGGAGCCGGACACGGUCGCCAAAGGACAGAAUGACAAGGUUGUGCCAACCGAUCCGCUCUACAAAGAGCUCUGGGCGCCGCGUGCGCUGAAUCUUGAGGAAGCCUGGGGCAGGCUCAAAGGCAUCGAAACGACCUCGCCGAACGUCUGUAUCCUGGACACUGGAAUCGACUACAACCAUCCAGACUUGAAGGAGAACGUUCUGGUGAAUGAGGCGGAGCUCAACGGAAAGCCAGGCGUGGACGACGACGGGAACGGGGUGGCUGACGAUAUUUAUGGAGCCGAUUUCAGCGGCGGCGACGGCGAUCCUAUGGACGACCACUCGCACGGCACUCACGUGGCGGGCAUCAUCGGCGCGUCGGCGAACAACGACAACGGUGUCGUGGGCGUCAUCUGGAAGCCCAAGAUCGUCGCCUGCAAAUUCCUCGACGCAAAUAAUGCAGGGACGUAUUCCGGCGCGGUGAAGUGCAUCAACUACUGCUUGCAGCGCAAGGCCACAAUCAUGAACCACAGCUGGGCAGGAGGAAAAAGAAGCAUAUCCCUACAGCGCGCCUUCAAGAGUGCUCAGGACGCAGGGGCCUUCCACAUUAUUGCCGCAGGCAACCAAGGCAUCGAUCUCGACAACGACAGAGCCAUCUUCCCGCCGAGUUUCUCGUUGGAGCUUCCCAGCUGCAUCACGGUCGCCAACCUGAAGUGGACUUCGAAUCUGCUGGGGAGGCCGUUUCUCGAGAAAGCUAGCUCGAGCAACUUCGGAAGCAGCACGGUUCAGAUCGCUGCUCCAGGAACCUGGAUUCAGUCCACGGUUCCUCUCAGUGGAGAUGACUCCCCGGACUACGCUGAGAAAUCUGGAACUUCAAUGGCGGCCCCCCAAAUCACAGGUUUGGUGGCGCUGAUGGUCUCCAUUCACUCGGAGCUGACACCUGAACAGACCUACAAGAUUAUUUACGACAGCGUUCGUCCGAUGAAGCUGUUGGCGAAUGCCAUGAAGUACGGAGGCAUUCCGGAUGCUGAUAAAUGUGUGCACCAAGCGCUGAUCCUUGCGAAGAAAGUGUCUCCGGACGGCGAGGCAAACUCGGAAGACAAUAGCGCCGCGACGACUCCGACGGCGGAGGGCAUGAGUGACCAGAAUCAAGAGUCAGGCGCCGUCUUGGACACGUCUUCCCAGGAAGACAUCGCGAAGCCCGGCUCGAGUUCGUCCGGUGAAACUGGAAGCUACCCGUCCGUGCCUGACAAGGAGCCGGUUCACGCUGCAGGCGAGGAAGCCGAUACAGAACUUGCGCCCUCCGGCGGUGUCCAGGCGGGAGCCGAGGCGGGAAGAAAACCAACGUACACAGGGCCCACGGCACCAGAACACACAGGAGAGAGUGCAGGUUCCCACACCAGCGGCCAGCCCGCAGGCGAUGCCACGCACGGAGCGCCAGACACCACGCACAGUGGGACGUCGUCAGGCACUCCGGAUGCCCAGAACGCACACACCGCGACACCGGGGGCUACGGACAGCGAUGCCUCGGGGCCGGCUCAAAGUGACGCCCCAGGACAGCUGGGGACGGCGGGCUCCGCCGACCUUUCGCAGGACGCGAAUGGGGAAUCAAUCAGCGUCGGAAUCGCAGGAGGUGUCGACGGUGUUUCCGACUCUGGUGCACCGGCGGCCGGCGUGCCAACCUGGGUCUACGCCCUUCUGUGUAUCGGAGUAAUCGGCGUCGUGGCUGGAGGAUACUACGCUUGGAGUAAAACAAAACAACCUGCAAAUUCGGCUGCAAAUAAGGACGACGUCGGGGCCAAGAACGCUGCGAUGCUGGCGGCCUUCGCGUCAAAAGCAAGCGCAGGUGCAAAACACGCGAAGGCUACUCCGCCGCCCGGAAGCCCUAAAGCUUCACCUGCAGCAAAGCAGACAGCUCCCACAGCUGUCCCUGUGGUCAAGCAAGCUGCGCCGGGGCCUCCCGCCAAGCAAGCUGCGCCGGCGCCUCCCGCCAAGCAAGCUGCGCCGGCGCCUCCCGCCAAGCAAGCUGCGCCCGCUGUGCCCGCAAAACCAGCAGUGCCUGCGAAAGCGCCUGUAGCGGCUCCUGCUGCCGCCAAGUCUGUGGUGAAGGCUCCGACAUUACAGAAAUCGGUUUCGGCGAAGCCUAGCUUAGCAAAGGCACCUGGGGCUUGA